GGGUGUUUCAGACUGCGUGAAAAGCAAGAGGUUGCUAUUUGAAAGAGCUUCCACAGAUACUGUUGGUUGGAUAAGGAACAUGCAUUCUGAAAUGACAGAUUUAGACUCCUUGGACACAAACAAUAACAAAAGUUUCUUUGGAAAAUUAAAGAACCUACACAGUGGGCCUCCAACUCCACCCAAAAGGAUAGAGAACAAUGCGGGGUAUGGUGGGUGGCCAGAAGAUGAGUUUGAUGAAGAGGAUGGGGACACAUAUGAGGCACCCCCCUGUGAGAGACCCGCCAUGAAGGUUCCUUCCAGACAUGUGGAGGAGAAUGUCUAUUUGGAGAGGACGUCAGAGCGGUCCAAUCCUGUUCUCCCCAAAAGGCAGGCAGCUCCACCCCCAAGGCCAGCCAAGAUGGCGCCCAUGGGCAAAGCAUUGAAACAGCAGCCUCACCCUGAGGAGUUCUACAUUGACCCCAACACCAAGAAACGAGAAUUCCCUCUCUCUCCCUCUCCAGCGCCUGAGGUAGAUAGGAAGGAGAAGCCAGGGAAGAGGUCUACUCCUAAGAAGUUUGCCUCUCCCCCACCACCUGCAGAGGAAGAUGUCUACCUGGAUCCUAAUGAAGGACAGGAAGACAGUGAUGACCUGUAUCUAGAGCCCACAGCGGCUUGCCCCCCUGCUCCUCGUGGGCCCAUGAGGAUGCCCCUCCCACCCAAGACAGCAGCCACCCCUCCCCCCAUGCCCAUAAAACCUCCAGUGCCCAGAGCCAAGUCUAGUUCACUAUUGGUCAAUGAGGCAAAGACAGCUCCUCCCCCUGAUAUCAGGCGCUCCAUGUUCCUUGGCAAACUGCCCCCACCCACCCUGGGCAUCAAACCCCCCCUCCCUGCAUCACUAAAGGAACCCAAACCAAGCCCUCCUCCCCCUCCUGUUGUACAUUCUACUGCUGCAGUUUCUCCCCCUGGUAUGAAGACGACCAUGCAGGAGAAAGAGUGGUUCGCUGGAAACUGCGAUAGAAAGACUGCCGAGGACUUCUUACUGCAGAUCAACAAGCAUGUUUGGGAUGCUCUGGAUCAACGUGUGUGACAGCGUGUUCCUGCCAAUAUCCAGCAACUUUGCACAACCAUUGAAGAGGAAGGGGACAACAUUCCACAGGCCACAAUCAACGGCCUGAUCAACUCUAUGCGAAGAUGUCGUGCUGCAUGAGGCAAAUGUUGGUAACAACAGAUACUGACUGGUUUUCUGAUCCACGCCUCUACCGGCAGCAAGGUAUCUGUGACCAACAGAUGCAUAUCUGUAUUCCCAGUCAUGUGAAAUCCAUAGAUUAGGGCCUAUUGAAUUUAUUUCAGUUGAGACAUUUUCUUAUAUGAGCUGUAACUCAAAUUUUGAAAUUGCUUCAUGUUGCGUUUUUGUUCAGUAUAGUUAGUCCGGCAUCAUUAGUGCAUUAGCCUGUCAAAUACAUCCACCUGUUUUUAUUUUGUUCUCUCCCCUCUUCUCUCUGUGCUGCUCAGUAGCUGCUGCUGUUUUAUGUGUUAUAAUGCUGCUGGCUAUGAGUGUUUCUGUCUCUGAUCCUUUGUCUUCACUAACACAGCCGACCUGUUUAAUUUCACGCUGAAAUGGACAAGCAAUGAUGUGAGAGUAAUCUCAGUCAUAACUCCCCUUUUAUUUGACUGCAGACACACAGGUUUGCAGGGAGGUUCUAUCAGACACAGGUUGACAGGAAAGGCACAGGGCAGUGCAGAGGGUAAUAAAGUAUUCUUCCAGGUGUGUGUGUGUAUAUAGCUUCUGGGUUUAGCUGACACACACACCAUCAGUGAGUCUGAGUCAUCUGUGCUGAUUCAGAGGUCAUGUGGGUUUUGAUACUGAUAUCCACUGUAUCUCUCCUCUGCUCCCCUCGUCCCUCCUCACCCUCUUCUCCCUCUCACCUCUCUUC